AUGGGCCCCAAGACUCAAGCUCAAGCUCAGGGCUCCCCUAGCCCGGCUCGCCGCUCCACUAGCCGCCAGGCCUCACCUAAGCAGUCCGUUAUCACCACGGACAACAUGGAGUUGCUUUGGCUGUACCACUUGGCCAGCGGAGCCCACAUACUGACAUUGUUACGGAAGCCUAACCACCAGGUCAUCGCCACGCACUUCGGCAUCCCCUACAAGACGGUUGCUUCCCGCUACACUCGCAUUCGUGAGCAGUUCAAGCACGUCGAGCUGACUGAGGCCGCCCAGCGCCACAUGUCUACCUCUGCCCGCGUUUCCGCUAGCAAGUACAAGGUUACCAAGCAGCGUGCCCCUCCCAAGUCCAAGGCCAAAGUCACGGACGAAGACGACGAGGAUAAGCCAGCUCCGACUAAGAAGUCACCUGGUCAUUCCCUGAGCUUUGAUGGUGACGAUUUCCACGGGGACGAUGAACAUAUCCCCAUUCAUGAUGACCGCGAGUACCGCUACUAG